AUGGCGCCCGAAAGCUCGGUGGAUCAACACCAGCGCUGCGUGAAGAUCCCGCGCUUUCGGCCCCAAUGCCUGGGAAAGACCUCGGUGAAGCCCCAGGAUUUCAUCUACUUCCCAAAGACCAUGAGCCCCGUGCCCAAGCGUCGGGAACCUUUAGCGUCGGGCCAGCUGGACCACUUGCUACUGCAUCGAGUGAUCUACAAGGACACCGACUUCAUAGCCAUCGACAAGCCCAUCGGAUGGACAGUGAACCCAGGGAAGAAGGUUGGCAAUCUGCACUUGCAGAGGCUUCUGCCUACUUUGCAAUUCGGCAUGGAGGAGCUGCCGGACAUGAUCGCGCAACGCGCGUUUUGGCAACGGGACUUUUGGGCCUUGGUCUGUGGCCGCACGCCCAAGACGGGGCAAGUCUCUAUGCCGUUGGCGCAGGAACGCUUGGGUCAGCGGAAUGUGGCCAAGCCCGUCCGUGAAGACGAUGGGGGGCUGCCGGCCAUGACGGAGUACAACGCCUUGCGCUUCUCGCCCUUGUGUGGUGGCCUAACCCUUUUGUCGAUGAACCCAUACAGUGGUCGCUAUCAUCAGACUCGUGCGCAUUGUGCCUUCGGCUUGCGCGCGCCGAUGCUGGGCGAUCCCAUCUAUUAUGAGCUCUCGUGGCCUGGGCGGCAGCGGGAGGGCGGCGACCGGAACGUGGUGGGCGGCCCCGCGAGUGACUUCAAAGUGAGGUACCACUCUGCGGAAAACCGACACGAGCGCAAGGAGCUCUUAGGACCCUCGCCACGCCCCUUGGACCGCAAAGAGUGCGGCCUGGCGGGUUGGUGGCUCAGGCCGGUGCCCGAGCACUUCGCUCGGUCGUUGAAUGCCUUGGGCUGGGAAGAUUGGCUGAGGCAGACUGGACGAAGCCCUGUGACCAUUUCCCUUCAAGUACCACGGGUGGUUCCAGGCGCGCCGAGCACCGCGGGGCGACGCAAAGCACGUGGCGACGUGAGGAGGACCGGCCUGGGCGAGGAUCGCGAUUUGUGGGAGGCUUUGGCGAAGGCGCGCGUCACGCGGGUGGACGACGUGGAGAGCGAGUCUCGCCAAGCCGAGCACAAGGAGGUGGAGGACUACGUGGACCCCGCGCUUUCCGGAGACCGGAGAACCGAGGUGCCACCUGGGAGCAUAGGCGGACGUGGGCGACCUCGAAGAAGGGCGGAGUGGAAGGUCCCACGGGCGCAGGCAGAGUGGGUGGAGGAGAGACCCUUUCGGAGAGAUGGGGAGAUGAGGCGCUUCUCGCCGCCCACGGGCGCCGGACGCCGCGAGGGACACGGGCGCUGCCGGAGGGCCUUGAACGGCUACAGAACAGCGCAGACCACUCAUGGCUACGCCACUUGGCGCCCUUGGAGUGGUGAUUUGCAAGCAGAGCCGCAGCAGGAACUGCAUCGCCCCAACCGCGAGAAGCGCUUGGUUUCUUCAGGCCACUUCGUGCGAGUGGAGCCCACACCCUUGUUGAAUACCUCGCUGGUGGCGUUCAGCCCAUCCAUGGCCCAAGUGCUGGGCCUUCAAUCUUCGGACUGCGAGUCCCAGGAGUUCCUGCACUUCAUGUCGGGGCAAGUGGAAGUUUUGCCCAAGAUGAAGAGCUGGUGUACUCCAUACACCCUCUCAGUGGCGGGCAAUGAAAUCAGUACUGGGAACAUGUACGGAGAUGGGCGCGCCAUCUCUGUUGGCGAAGUCCUGCUGCACGAUGAUCGGUGGGAGCUCCAGUUGAAAGGUGCCGGCUGCACCCCCUUUUGUGGCGGUGCCGAUGGCCGUGCGGUGCUGCGGUCCUCGCUCCGGGAGUUCUUGGCGUCUGAGGCCAUGUACCACUUGGGGGUGCCCAGCACGCGGGCGCUGUGCGUGGUCAUGUCAACCUCAGAUACUGCCCUUCGAGAAUGGGUGGGCGAGACCCUCUUCGAGCCGUGUGCGAUGACCUGUCGAGUGGCAAGAUCCUUCCUCCGUGUAGGGCACUUGGAACUGUUCGGCCGCCGCGCGCGGGACUUCGGAAGCGCCGAGGCCCGCUUGGAACUCGAGCAGCUGCUGCGUCAUGUCCUGGCGCGCGAAUACCCGGAAUGCCUCGAUCCCCAAGAUGACUCCCUCCGACCGGCGCUGAUGCGGAUGCUGCGGCCCAUGGGGGAGCGCAUGGCCCAGUUGAUGGCGCAGUGGUGGAGAGUGGGCUUUUGCCAAGGAAAUUUUCAGUCCGACAACUGCCAUCUGGGUGGUCGGACCUUGGACUUCGGGCCCUUUGGAUUCCUGGAGCGCUACAACCCUCGCUACUGUAGCUGGUCCGGUGGCGCCGAACACUUCAGCUUUCGAUUGCAACCCAAAGCUGCCUUGCAGAACUUGGCCAGCGCGAUCCGUGCCAUGGACUGCCUUUUGGACAGCGAGGGCCGCGAGGAGGGACAGCAAGUGCUGCGCGACUUCCCGGCAUUGCUGGCAGAGGCCUUCGCAGAAGUGAGGAUGGAGAAGUUGGGCCUUUGCUUCUGGGACUCCGACGCCGCGCGCUUGUGCGACGAGCUGCUGCAGCUCAUGGAGGCCUCCGCCGCCGAUUGGACCCUGCUCUGGCGCCGCCUCGCCGACGUGGCGCAGGACUGGGACGAGCUGAUGGAGGGCGGAAGGCUCUUGGAACCUCUCCAAGGAAGCUUCUACUUGCCCUUGUCUCCUGAGCUGGAGGCUGCUUGGAGCCGUUGGCUCCUACGGUGGCUCACCCGUUUGCAAGGCGAAGGCGACUGCGAAGAGGUGGCACAGCAGAUGAGACGGGUGAAUCCUAAGUAUGUGCCGCGGAAUUGGAUGCUGAUGGAGGCCUACGAGGCGGCGGAGGCAGGAAACUUCCAAGUGGCACAGCGCUUGCAGCAGAUCUUCGCGAGCCCGUACGAGGAGCAUCCCGAGGACGAAGCUCGGUAUUUCCGUCUGGCGCCGGUGGAGAUGCGCACGCGGCCGGGGGUCUUUGUGAUGAGCUGA